GUAGCACACUGGACAUUGUUGUGGCGGUGAAACGCGGUCUCUGGGACAGCGUGAGCGCUGACGGCAACGAAACAGUUAAUGGUAGUUAGCGACAGUUGCUCCGACAAACCCUUGGAGGAGUAACAAGUGUUUACUCUUCGGAAGUUCACUUUUUGACUUUACGGGAGUCCAUUUUAAAACUUAUCGCAUAUUUUUCUUUAAACUUGCUCUGUUUUUUUUUUUUUUUGUUCGGUCGGAGGAGGGUCAAAAAUAAGUUUAUCCGCCUUUUUUAAAGCAGACUUUGGCUUUCAGUUUUUUUAAGACAAUGAACUAAAAUGUGCUAAACGGAGGAACCAACAGAAGAGAUCGUCAGGAUCAUGGCAGAGCCGAUGGAGCAGAGCCCUCACCUGGGUACUUUAGGCAGCCCGUCAGGUGGGACCCGCGGGGACGAGUCGGAGCAUCUCCCGGCCGGCAACCACGCUUUACCGCAAAACGGCGCCAGGGGGCGCCAGAGAGCGCAGAACCACCGGCGGCGGGCGGAGAGCUGCGACGAUGUCAACACCGACAAGUUCUGGCAAACGAAAGGCGGACAGAGGGAGGUGUGUCCCGCCUUGGCAUCCGGAAAUGCAGCUCAGCCUCACGACGGUCACCCGCUGGGGGAUCCGCGCCCGAAGGGGGCUUUCAGCAACCGGGUCCAGGAGGAGGGCUCGCUCGUCGACUCCGACACCGGCUUGGACGCGCGCCCCGGCAAGAAGAAGCACCGGCGCGGGACCUCCAAGAAGAAGCGCAACUGGAAGCCGUACAACAAACUGUCCUGGGAGGAGAAGAAAGCCCUGGAGGAGCGGGAGACCGUCAGGGCCUCCCGGAUGAGGGAGGAGAUGUUCGCCAAGGGGCUCCCGGUCGCGCCCUACAACACCACCCAGUUCCUCAUGGACGAGCACGACCGGGAGGAGCCGGACCUCAACACCGAGACCGGGGUCCGGCGCUCGCUGGGGGCGGAGGACACCGGCAGCGAGGAGGAGCUCCUCGACGAGGAGGACGACGAGGACGAAGGCAGCGGCGGCGGGAGCGACGGCAUCGGGAGGCCCGGGAACGCCGGCGGGGAGUUCCUCCAGCGGGACUUCUCCGAGACUUACGAGAUGUACCACGUGGAGAGCCUGCAGAACAUGACCAAGCAGGAGCUGGUGCAGGAGUACCUGGAGCUGGAGAAGUGCAUGUCCCGGCUGGAGGAGGAGAACAACCGGCUGAGGCGCGCCGCCCCGGACGGCUCCCAGGUCCGGAUCCGGGAGAUGGAGCUGGAGCUGGAGAGACUGAGAGCCGAGAACACGGAGCUGCUCCUGCAGAACCAGCCCAACAAGGACCGGGGCCAGGUCCCCGCCAAGUAAAGGACUUCACAUCCGUUUUUAAUAAAGGUUAAAAAAAAAAAACACGGGACUGCUGCAUUAAAAACAACAAAAACAUGUCA